UCAACCGAGCAGCUGUCACAAGUUUGUUGUAAAAAACAAACACAAAACAUACAUUGUAAACUCAAUCACAAAGCGGAGACGAGUCCGAAGAUGGAUAUUUUCAGAAUCUUCAUAUACUUCGGCUUCAUUCUGAAUGUAGGUCCCCUGUUUUGCAGUGCCACGUCGAGUCCGGGAAUCGAAGCGGUUUUCAACAAAACUUACUCGGGAAAGGUAUCGGAAGGGAACGAUAUGCUGUACACGUUCACACACAACACGUCCGUGGAUGAAGCGAUCCGUUUCCACUUCACGAGCGAUGAUGCGGUUCCAGAAUUUCCUGUCCUCCUGGUGGUUAAACAAAUGAGGAGUGUUCUGUCUUGGACUGUGCCUUAUGUGUCUACUGAUGGCCAAAAGUAUCGUUCCGUCAGCAAGACGCUGUGUCCUGAUGCUUCUAACCGGAAUACUAGCAUGGAGGAAACUAUCAUCGUAGUUGUCAGCACAUCAUCGGCCAAUAACGUAUCAUUCACCCUCCUUGGGAACUUUGUCGCUGAUUUCAAUCUGCAAUCCAAUAGAAGCAUUACAUUCUCAAGCAAUCCCUCUGCGCCCCAGUAUUAUCAAUAUGAAUUUCCAGAGGGAGUAGACAUGGUGCUGGUGAAAGCCCAGUCAGAGAAUUCAACAUGUGCCUACCUUUCAGUGCAGAAUGCACAGUGUCCGAUCUUUGAUGAUGUUUCCACUGUGAGGUACAAUGAAGGAAUCUUUCAGACGAUGACAAAACAGGCCGCAAUCACAGUCACAAGAGACAUGUAUAAAUCAGGAUUCUUUUACGUUGUAGUGGUUGUCCAUCCGAAUGACAAUAUGUGUGACAAUAACUACCGGACACUGACUCCUCUUGAAGCUCAAUAUUCAGGUUCGUCUCCACGGACAAAGAUUGUGACCCUGAGAGUGAAGCACACACUGGAAACUCAUGAAUACUGGAAACCAAUUGUGACCACUUUUGGGGUCAUCCUGGCUAUCUACUUUCUCUCUGGAUUCAUUAUUGCUGGAAACAUAAUGAGGCAAAAGAAAGCUGAUAUGAUGGCAGGGACCGCUUCAGAAAGAGUUGUUCUGCUCGAUCCAGAAUCCAAUGAUCAAGACGGACAGAGGCCCUUCGCACAAGCGGAUUCAGCAAGCAGUAACUACGGCACUGCAGGUCCAGGCCCAAGUCCAGGACUAGAAUCUACUAACAGACUGGAUAAUGUUGUCAGGAAUGGGAAUAGUCCAACCUCAGAGAGAUUAUCGAGCCCUUCAAGAAGGAAGCCAGAUUCAGCAGAAAGAAUAAUCGCCAGCAGCGAUGAUGAGACUGAUAUUGACAUGCUUGAUGAUAUUGAAUCUACCAAAGAGGUCUAUCGGACAAAGACAGAAAUUUAUGUGAGUGAUCUGUCUCGGAAGAAAGUCAACACACUGGAGAAGAAAUAUAACAUGUAUGUCUGGAAUCUUAUAACAGUCUCAGUAUUCUACGCUCUGCCAGUAGUUCAACUUGUCAUAACAUAUCAAGUGGUUACGAAUGUGACUGGAAACCAAGAUUCCUGCUAUUAUAAUUUUUUGUGUGCAAAGCCUUAUGGAUGGUUCAGUGCCUUCAACAAUGUGUUUAGUAAUACUGGAUAUGUGAUGCUAGGAAUAUUAUUCCUCCUACUUGUCUGGAGGAAAGAAUAUGCUCACAAGAAGAGAGUCAAUGCUGGGUACAAGAAUGAAUUGACUCAUGGUAUCCCCAAACACUAUGGUCUGCUGUAUGCCUUGGGCUAUGCUCUUAUCAUGGAAGGUAUUAUGAGCGGCUCCUAUCACGUCUGUCCAAACAGGGCAAACUACCAGUUUGAUACUGCCUACAUGUACAUGAUAGCUUGUCUGGGAAUGUUGAAGAUGUACCAGCAGAGGCAUCCAGAUAUCAACGCAAACUCCUACAAAUCAUUUGCUUUGUUUGCCGUAAUACUUUUUAUUGGAUUUCUGGGGCUGCAUGCAAAUGGUUGCUGGAAGCUGUUCAGUUUGGGUAAAUUUAGGGAGGUACGUGUUGUCUUUGGUGAAAACUUCUUAGCAUUUUCAAUGGCGAUGUUUCUGGACAAUGCUGUAAUGCCCAAAUUAGUCCGCAAGUGCUUUGUGCUUGAUAAAAAUGAAUGA